CCGCUUGCACUCUGAUUUCCCAUCAUGGCGGCGAGGGGCCAUGUGCAAGAUGCUAACGACAGGAGGCUUAGACCGAUUUACGAUUACCUGGACAAUGGCAAUAACAAGAUGGCAAUCCAGCAAGCCGACAAGCUGCUCAAGAAGCACAAGGAUCUUUACUGUGCUAAGGUCCUGAAGGCAAUAGGUUUACAGCGGACGGGCAAACAAGACGAGGCUUUCACCUUGGCACAGGAAGUCACUGCCCUCGAACCCACAGAUGAUAACUCUCUGCAAGCGUUGACCAUCCUCUACAGGGAAAUGCACAGACCGGAGUUGGUGACCAAACUGUAUGAAGUAGCUGUGAAGAAAGUGCCCAGCAGUGAAGAGUAUCACUCGCAUCUCUUCAUGGCUUACGCGCGGGUCGGGGAGUACAAGAAGAUGCAACAGGCUGGGAUGGCACUUUACAAGAUUGUUCCCAAGAACCCCUACUACUUCUGGUCAGUGAUGAGUUUGGUUAUGCAGGCGAUCUCUGCGCGUGACGAGAAGCUGUCGAAGACCAUGUUCCUGCCGCUGGCGGAGAGGAUGGUGGCGAAGAUGGUCAAAGAGGAGAAGAUUGAGGCAGAGGCUGAAGUUCAGCUUUAUUUCAUGAUUCUGGAGCGGCUAGGAAAAUACGUGGAGGCUUUGGAGUUGGUGAGGGGCAAGCUAGGAGAGAAGCUGACCAGCGAGCUGCAGAGCCGGGAGAACAAGUGCAUGGCACUCUACAAGAAACUGGACCGGUGGCCCGAGUGCAAUGCGCUCUCCAGAAAACUCUUACUGACAAACCCAGAUGACUGGCAGUUCUUCCUGUCCUACUUUGAUUCCCUCUUCCAUGUAAUUGAUGAGUCCUGGUCCCCACCUGAAGAAGGCGAGCAGUGAGUAUUGUAUGGUGUUAUCGUC